AUGGUUGAAAACGACACCAUCAGUCCUCCCCUCGACAAGGAGGCCACCACCACCAACGGCACCUCCACUGUUCCAACCCAGCCCCAGCUGUCGCACGAAGAGCAUGAGGUCGCCCGCGCCGCUGCUCGCUUUGGAUAUGGUCCCCUGGCCCACGUCAACACGGCCGAGGCGCGUCUGCCAGCCUUUGGUGGUGAGUUUCAGCCUGGUCUGUACCGUCCUGUGAGCGACCGCAAAAUCGCCAAUCCUGCUCCUUUGGGACUGUGCGGUUUCGCGUUGACUACUUUUGUGCUGGGUUGCAUCAACAUGGGCACCCGCGACAUUACCGCGCCGAGCAUUGUUAUUGGUGCUGCGUUUGGGUAUGGUGGGUUGGUGCAGCUGUUGGCUGGCAUGUGGGAAAUGGCCGUUGGUAACACCUUUGGUGCCACCGCGCUGUCCUCGUACGGCGGCUUCUGGAUUGCAUUUGCUAUCAUUUUGACUCCUGGUGGCUUCGACAUUGAGACCACGCUGAAUAAAGCUGGACCGGAGCAAUUCAACAACUCGCUGGGUCUUUUCUUAAUGGGCUGGUUCAUAUUCACCUUCCUCCUAUUCAUCUGUACCCUCCGCUCCACCGUCGCCUUCUGCCUCUUGUUCUUCUUCCUAGACCUGGCCUUUUUGUUGCUUGGAAUCGGUUAUCUGGUCCAAGACGCCGAAGGCAACCCCACCACCAACAUCAUCAAGGCUGGCGGCUUCUUUGCCAUCUUGGCCGCGUUUUUCGCUUGGUACAAUGCUCUAGCAGGUAUCGUGGACUCGAGCAACAGCUUCUUCAUCAUCCCUGUGGCGCACUUCCCUUGGUCAGAGAAGGGUCGUGAGCGUCGUAACAAGGUUGAGCGUGAGGUUGUUUAG